UUUAUUUAAAGAACAAUAAUGUAAAAAACACCGAUUGAUUUGAAUUUCCCGGCAUUUACUGACUGAAGCGGAGCCUCAAACAAAUCGCACUUCGAUAUCUCAGCCAACUUCAGCUGGACGACACCGGGCAUAUGCCUUUAAUAUAGUAAAAGUGGAGAAAUGGUAACAUUCUGAUUGGCUAUCUUCCUAACAUGUCUCUUUUCCGUUUGUGUUCCGUUUUACUAUUUCAUUCACGGAACUCAAAACGCACUCUUACGAGUAAUUUGAAUUCGAAUCGACAGAUAGCAGUAAUAGUUACACGCGCUUACACGACUGAGUUCCCGAGUACUUGUAUGUUCUUUGAACGAAUUGAUAGAUCAAUUCGCUUCUUCGCUUAUCUUUCAGUUACAGUGUAGCACACAUAGGCUUCGUGAUGAUUCGAUAUAUCUACAUACAAACUAAAUAAGGCAGAUCUCAAUAAUGACAAAAGAUGUAAGCCGACGUACAAGCGAACUAAAAUAUGCCAGAAUAUAUGAGAAAUGUUCCUCUACGAUCUGUAAAGUGUGUCAACAGCUGCUCGAAGUGAAGAAAAGUAUUGUAGCGAAUGUAAGCCUUGCUACAUCAGAAAUGGCUGAUUCUGGCCUAGAAACAGGCUCGAUAAGUCCUCGUGAAAACACAACAUCUGAGAUCUCUAGCACAGACUUGGAAAUAACACAAGCAACGGAAUACUCUGCCAAUGAUGACGAUUCGGAUCGGACAUCCGAGCAAGCAACCGAGAGAAACAAGAAUAAAAAAAUAUUGUUUUUGUCGGAUAAUGAAAAGUGUAAAACAGUCAGUAAUUAUUAUGAAUAUCAUGAAAAUAGCAAAAUUGAACCCGUGUCAAACAAACAUAAUGAAACAUAUUCUUCCUUGGAAACAAAUCAGCUUACUUUAGAAAAUAUUGAAAGGACAAAUGCUGAAGAAGAAAUUCUUCAAUAUGAAAAUCGAAUGUUAACUGAACCGUUUUACGAAUCAGAUUGCAGUAGUGAUGAAAUCGAACCAUUUGAAUUCUCUGAACCAGUUCCUUCAACAAGUAGCGAUCACGAGAGAAGAACUUGUACAAAGGUGGAUCGAAAAAUAUUGUCCGAUCCCGAAAAAUCGGAAAGUAUAAUGAAACCGAAAUUUGAUCAUUCUCAUUCUAGUGUUACGAUUGAUCGUAAUAGUUCUUCAUCGAGCGGUUAUUUUAUUGACGCGUCUACUUUGAACGACGACGUAGAUAUAAUAUCUACAAAUGUAAUAAAAAGUCAGUACUCGAGCGAUAAUACACCGUAUUUCGCACUUUCAAGUUACACAGAAUACAAAACAGACAAAUUAAGUAAUAUUACAGAAGAACAAUCGUACAAGUAUUCGCCGCUUAAAAGCUUAACUUUACAGACUGGUCACGAACGAGUAGCAGAAUUUGAACGAGAACUGAAACUCAACGAAUACUUGCGACCAUUUCCAGAAUCGCGUAAAAUAAAUCGAAUACAUUCCACAUCAGAAGGAAAAGUAGAUGUAAACAAGUCGAUGGACAAGGAAUCAUUAGCGGUAGAAAUUAAAGAGGCGGACAGCGGGGAAAGCGCACAUCCUUCUCCGUAUCCGGAUAAUAAUUCAAGGAUAAAUAUCCGAGAUGAAAAAGUGGAAACAUCAAACAAUAGCAAGGCCACCGCAAGAAAUGAAAAAGAAAGAGAUACAAACGACGAUAAGCAGAGAACACUUAUCAGAAGAAACACAUUCGAACUUGACUCUAACGACGAAAAAUUGUCCGUUUUGAGACAGGAAUAUGAGCGACGGCAAGGUAGCCUUGUUUUCCAGAGCGCCAUUCCGCAAUAUUCGGGACAUCGCGUAGACGGAGAUUCUUCUUGCCAUGCAAAAAGCUUUCCGGACUCGUUGGUCCCUCCUGCGGUUACCGAAUCAUCGAUCAUCUUCUCACCUAGCGUUCAGCUUCCCGUUAAUACUCAGAAACCAGUUUCGUACUUGUUGAAUGGCUAUGAGAUUAAUCAAACGCGAAAGCAAAAUAAUUUCUUACCAAACAAUCUUAGAUCCUUUACGAUUUAUCCUGUGACUAAGAGCGCUAGCGACAAGUCUAUUCUCGACUAUAACACAGACUCGGACGAUACAUCUAAUCAUUGCAGCACUAGUUUGCCAAUUACCUUAGACUCUACCUUGGAGAAAGGUAAUCGGGCGUACUGGUCUGCGAAGAGAGGCAAAUGCGACGAAACAACUCCAAUUAUCUCUGGCGGCGUUAGUAUGUCGGAUUACUCGAAGAAAUCUUCGGACAGUCCCACCGUACAACGCAAAACAGAAUCCACGCCUAUAGUGUCGGGCGGUUCGGUAAUUAUGAACAAGCCUGAAAAAAACGUGAAAUCUUCCAGAAUAUCUUCUUCCAUGACCGCUUGGGUAGUCGACAUGAGCGACUGCAACAAGGAAGACUCCGGAUCGCGAAACAAGUCGCGGAAUAUGUCGCAAAGCUUUUCCACUUCGGGAUGCGUGAAGAAAUCUGUGCAAACGUCGAAUACUGAAAAACAUAAUAGUUUAGAAUUUUUUGUCAAUUUGAAGGACAUAAGCAGCGAUAAACCCGCGAAAAACGAUCACUCGUUUGGAAGAAAGAAAUCUGAUAACAAUAGCAAGCCUUAUUACGAAUUUUACGUAGAUAUCUCUGAUAAAAAGAAUGAUGCAAAAAUCAAACCACCCGAGAAGCAAGACAAAAAAAGUAUUAAAACCGAUGUUUCUACCGAAGGUGAGAAAAAGAAUAUCUUUUCAAUGUUUAUCGAUCUAAAUGAUACACACGAGAACGAUCGAGAAAAUAUUAGAGAUGCUCCAAAUAGACAGAGUUCUUCGACUACACUUAACAAACUGACAGAUAGUAAAAUAAGUAAUAGUCCGAAAGAUAAUAAUAACACGGAAGAUAGUCAGGCAUCGCGCGAACAAAAAAGAAACAAAACGAAACCUAGUGUUUUUAUGUUUAUAGAGUCCGAUUCUCCCGUAGUAAGGAGACGAACGCUAUCUACUUCGCGACCAACAUUCAAACGGCAUUCAUGGAAUGUAGAAAAGAUGCAAUCACCAAGCGGCAGUAACGCUUGUGUGGCGAAAGAACUUAUGUUCAGAAGAGAACACAGACGUGCGCAUAGCGUUUCGAUUGAUAAUAGAGACGCUUCGAAGCAAUCUCAAACAAAGACAAGCUCGUCUAGCCAUUCGCUGAGAGACAUUGCCAAAGCAGAUUCUUCGAAACAUACAAAUUCAAAGAUUUCGAACGAAGAGAGCAACUCCAACAAUAUGGACACAUCGUUAGAGGAUGUGUUCGAUAUAAAGGAUACCCCACCGAAUUCUCACGUGGAAAUUAACAACGACGCAGAGUUACGCGGCAGCGUGAAUCAUUGCGAAUACAAAGAAAUUAUCUCAUCGAGUCAGAACAACUUGGAAGCUAGCGAAACGAAUAAGAACGAACUCUCGGAUACCUCCGCUUGGGAAAAGACUUGUACAGAAAGUACAGAAGAUACUCAAACUCAUAAAAGUAAGACAUUCGAUAUCAGUAGCGGUAGUGGACCUUCGCCAGACAGCGAGAAUCGCGACUACGAAUUGACUGAUUUGUUGAGUAAUAGAGUUGGCGAACGAUUGCAAAUAGUCGCCGGUAAUAAGAUAUCUGAAACACACAAGUCACUCAGCGAGACAAUCAAGAAAAUCGAGUGCGAAUUGAAAGAUCCGGAAUAUGAAAACGCAGAACGUACGUACGAAUUUCGUUCGUCGAAGGACGCAAAAUCACUCACAAUCAAUAACAAUAUAAAAGAUGUACAUUUAGAUUCCGAUAAGACAAAUUCCUCUAGUUUCGUGCGUUUGUCGGAUUUGGAUAAAACACCGAUCGCGAAUCACGCGCCUGAUAUAUUGACAAUAAAAGAUGACAGAAGCACGUGCCGGAUAAGUAGUAUCAUGGAAACAUCAUGGAUAGAAAGUAAAUUGGCAACAACGAGAAACAACCAAAGUCUAGUCAAACCAGUCUCCAGAAAACUCGCUUCUGUUAUGAGCACGUCACUUCCUUCUAAACAGAAAUCUCCACUGGAAGAUUUAACAGGUGAUUGCGAGGGAGAAGGAAUUAUUUCCGAAUCUGAUCUCAGCAGCAUGCAAAGUAGCAUGGGACGUUCCGGAGCGGCAUUGUCUCGUUUGAUUAUAGAAGGAAGCACAGAAGAGACCGAAACAUCAAGCAUUGCUGGUGCAAAGCCAUACAAUAGACUAGGCGAGGAUUUGUUAAGAAUGUUUUUGGAGGAAAUAAAUCCUGACGUUACAAUAGAUGUAGGCGGUCGUCAUAUAAAGGCGCACAAAUGUAUAUUAAGUUCCCGCUGUCAAUACUUUGCCGCAAUGUUAAGCGGCGGGUGGAUCGAGAGUACAGGCAACAUUAUUUCUUUACAAGGAUAUUCUUACAACGCGGUUCAUUUUGCAUUAUGUCAUAUCUAUAGCGGAGAAAGUAACAUACCUGAUUCUAUAAGUAUCGUUGAAUUAGCAACUUUAGCUGAUAUGUUGUGUUUGGAAGGUCUUAAAGAAGUUAUUGGAUACACGCUUAAACUUAAGUACUGUCACUUGUUUCACAAGCCUUGCCAAAUAUGUGCUGUUGGGGUAUUAGAAUGUAUGCCGUUAGCUGCGGCAUACGGUCUGGACGAAGUUUAUCGAAAGUCGCUUAGAUGGAUUACAAAACACUUUGUACGAAUAUGGCCGUGCAAAACAUUCGCUACUCUUCCGAGAGAACUUAUGGAGAAAUGCUUUCAUCAACAUAUAGUGCAUAUGUCUACCGACAAUGUGCUUCAAACUAUCAUGGACUGUGAUAAAUUGUUAGCGACUUUGCCGAAUGUACGAUGGGCAGAGCCAGUAUUCCAAAUGGUAUCGAAUCUACUUGACACAUCGAUAAAAUUUCUGUCGGAAAAUUUUGCAACCGUUCUAGGAAAUGAUAGUUUUGACUCGCUUGGUCGCGAAUUGAUGUGGAAUAUCAGUCGUUUAGAGGAUAAUUUUUUAACGGCUGUCGAACAAUUGUCACCCGAACAAGCGUGUAAAAGUUAUUCAAAGCUGAACAAGAUGUUACCUGCGUCGCAAAUAGAUGAUUUUCAGGGUAAGAACAAAUGGGGACCGCUUUUUAUUGAUUUCUUGAAUAAGCUUCAAAGUCGCGUGGAAAAGUGUUUAGUACGUGACGCGGCACGUGCCGCAAGGACCACUACUUGGUUAAAAAUGGAUUUAGAACUUCGCAGAAGAAUACAAGAACUAGCCUGUCUCGUAAUCUUGCCUCACGAGAAUUUGUCUUCGAAACAUUUAUCCAGACGUACGAAUUUCUUAAAGGAAUCACGUGCAUUGUCUAAUCGGUCGACAAUAAAUCGUAAUGUGGAAUUAAAGCGCGUCAAAAUGGCGAUUUCGGAACACAACGAUAAAACCUUAAAGCAAGGAUCGACAUCAUCAAAUUCUAAACAACCAAAGAAAGUUUUACACAAACCAAAAACAGACCCACUUGAGCGUAAGAUGCAAGAAGAUAAACAAACUACGUCGGAAACCGCCAGACCAAGGUCGUGGUCUUGUAAAAUAGAGGUCAAAUCAAGAUAUUUAGAGCCGAGAAACAAAUAUGUUCCAAAAGAGAGCGCAUCCACGACAAAUCACGACAAGAUUAAUUUGCAACAACGGCGCAAGAUUAUGAUUUCCUCAUCCGACUCAUCGCGUACUUCGAGCCCGGCUAUGAAACGUGCAGCUGACAAGAAACCAUUGUCCAAAAUAAAACUUACAGCCAAAAAGGAUGUAAAAGCUCUCUCGUCCGAUAGCUUAACAGACGCAGCUGCAGCUCGAACUGUAGCCAAUAAGAAAAUUUCGAUCAGUAAGAGCUGCGGUAUUACAAGACCUGAAUCACCUUCUUGUAAACAAAAAAGUACCGAAAUUGAUUUAUCAAUUGAUUCUUUGGAAACCAAGAACAAACCGACCAUUGUCGUUAAAAAAAAAGUUAACAAAAUGGAUACAUCUAUGUCUACCGACAGUCUUAUGACGGAGGUAACAGCAACUCCGAAAUCCAAUGCAUCUAACAAAUUCUCACCCGUUUUGACAAAACCUACAAACAAAACACAGACUUGUGACAGGACAAAGAAAACCUCUCCACCAACGCAACAGAGAAGUUCACCGACUGUUAAGAUGGAUACGAAGAGACCUCCGAAAUCAGUGGAAAGUUCCACUGCCGCCAGUCGCAGUAGAGCUGCCGCUAUCAGCAAUGCAUAUCAUAAUUCCCAGAGUUUGCGCAGAAAUUUAUUAGAUGCUGCAAAGACACCGGACAUCGCUAGCAAAUCAGUGAAUACAAUAGCUCCCUUAAGAACGCGACAAGUUACGCAGGCAAGUGUGCUUUCCAGUACGAAAAAAGAGAAGAAAGAGACGCAAAAUUCACAGAGUUCCGACAGCCCUGGUAAAAAAUCAUCUCCCAAGUUAAGUGCCGCCAAUAAAAUUAAUAAAUCGAUAAUUACUGGCAAGAAAAGUGUUAGUAGCAAAUUUGACGAUAAGAUAAAAAAGUGCCAUAACGGAGAGACACAGAAACAACCCACAGUAGGUUCUAGAUCAGGCACAUUCCUUAAAGAUGAACCUACGAUACUUAAAAAAAUAGACAUUAAAUCGUCAUAAUUUAAUGUGAUACUUUUGUUAAGAAUCGUAUCUAACAUGUAAGAUAUAAAGAAAUGUAAGUUUAAUUUAAAGAUUGCUUGGAAGAUUUUUUUUUAACGCUCGAAUUAGCUAAAUUUUUUAGAUGAGUAAACAGAUGUGCUACAAAUAUAUAACGUUAACUUUCCGUGACUAUUCGAAUGAUGUAAUAAUUAUCAACACUAUUAAGUACACAAUUUUCAUACUUCCUAUAUUCUUCUAAUAGUACAUAUAAUAAUACGAGUCAUAAUAUAUAUAUAUAUAUGGAUAGAAAAAAAAUUCUUUAAACCGCAUAGUCCAAAACUGAUAGAUUAAUGUUAAAAUAAAAAUAUCAACGAUAACUUCCGUUAAAGAAAAAACACUUCAAUCUAUAUUCGGGUCUUCUUCAAUGAUCAAUAAUAAUUAUAUAUAUAAAAUUAGCGUAAAUUAAUGAACAGAUCAUGCACGGGAAAAAGUUGAAUAUAGGUUUUUUUUCCCAAAACGAGGGCAAAAAUGCCCAAGAUACUCGAAUGCAGGUCCCUUAUUUCUUUUGUUAACUAAGUUGCAUUUAGUUCGUUACUAUUGCACAAUUAGAAUAUAAGUGAAGAAGUAUGAUCUCGUUAAUCAUAUUAUAAACGAUGUAUGCUUAAAGAAAC